UAGUCUUGAAUUAGAUGAUGCAGUUAUUUAUUAUUGCAUUUGUCGAUCAGAAAAAAAAAUAUUCGAAAAAGUAACUAAUGAAGAAUUACCUUAUGAAUUUAUUCGUCCAUUAGAUGAAACUAUAACUAUUAUUGAAAAACAAUGGAAGUUUCAAGCAAUAUUAAGUAUUAUUCCAUCAAGUGAUACAAAUUGUAUUGAAGGUACAUAUGAAUUUCAUAUUCGAUCACAUAUACGAAAUGGAAAUCAUAUUUCGAAAACCGAUAAUGAAAAAGUUAAUUUUAAUAAUUCAAAAAUAUUCUACAUGAUAUUAAAAAGACAAAAUAUCGAUUAG